UUGUGGUGGGGCAGCACCUGCAGUUUCUACAUGCUUCUGUUAAUUCUAAGCUUUCGUUAGCAAAAGGACUCACCUUAUCUGACUUUACACUCUAGUAAACUACGGUGUCGGAAUCUCAGGAGACUGCUGAAAGCGGAUCUUCGCGAGACCUCUAACAGGUCUGGUCAGACUCCAUUCUACUGCUCUGUAAAGUACUACCCUCCUGCCUGAGCCCCUGGGCCAUGGUACAUCUGAGCAUAGAAGUAGCAGUAUGAGUGUAACUACAUCCACAACCCUCGACAGCCAGGUGACCAGUGCCUGGGGCCCUGCUAACCCCUAUCCCGAUGGUUCAUUGGUGAUGGCUGGUUACACGAGCCGUCUGUGGCCUCAUGAGUCCCAGCCUCAGUUCUGGAGUAAGUACCAAGUGUGGGAAUGGCUGCAGCAAAUUAUGGACAUGCACCAAAUUGAUGCCUCCAGCAUCCCAUUCCAAAACUUUGACAUCGAUGGCCAUCAGCUUUGCAGCCUAAGCUACCAGGACUUCAUCCGUGCAGCUGGCAGCGUGGGACCCAUUCUCUUCCACAGCAUCACAGAGCUCAAGUGGAGCGGCCAGUACCACGUGGAUAUAGGGCAAAUCGAAAGCAAACCUGAAUUAGACUUCUCUUGUCCAUUUCCAGAUGUCAGCUAUCCACCUGGAGAAAUCUAUGACCCCUCGGUUCACCCCCUUGCACCUGUUGCCUCUCCCAGGGCUCCUAGUCCAGACAUCAAACGAUCUUUCACCCGUCCACAUCCAGUCAAAAAACACAACCCAAGGGGGACCCAUUUGUGGGAGUUUAUCAGGGACAUUCUACUGAAUCCAGAGCGAAACCCAGGACUGAUCAAGUGGGAGGAUCGGACAGAGGGUAUUUUUCGUUUCCUGAAGUCAGAGGCAGUGGCACAAUUAUGGGGCAAGAAGAAAAAUAACAGCAGCAUGACUUACGAGAAACUAAGCCGUGCAAUGAGAUAUUACUACAAAAGAGAAAUCCUAGAACGAGUAGAUGGCCGCAGGCUGGUUUACAAGUUUGGAAGAAAUGCAAGAGGGUGGAGAGAGUCGGACAAGUGACGGUUUCAUUAAUUUAUGUUUUAUUUGGUGUUGUGUGCUUAAUGCUUUAUUAUAGUUUGCAUUGACUGUUUUUGAUGAUGUCUAAACUGUUUUUCUUCCUGUUUUUUUUUUUUUAUUUCAAUUUAUAACUAUGUUGUGAUACUGCACUGAAAUAUUCUUUACUGUGCCUUAAUAGCAGUCAAACCUCAGAUAUGGUCACUUAAAAUCUUGCUUUAAAAAGAUGAAAAAAUUAUAAUAACCAAUUUUUUAAAGAGUUUUCAGAUGUUUCUUUUCAAACAGAUACUUUUUCCAAGUACCAAAAGAGCACAUAUCGAUAACACAUUCAAAAUACAUGUGGCAAAGAAAUGUAUGUAGCGUGUUUUGACACUGAUACUGUGAAAUGUACUUACAAAAGGAUGAUUGUUCACUGCUUAAAAACCAACCAACCAAAAAAAAAAAAAAACAAUAGUAAGAAAAUAAUAAGGCCAAAGCACAGCACUGAAUACAUAAACUAGUGAUGAACUAGAAAUAUUUACAAUGUGACAAUAUGGUUUGUACUAUUUCAUACUUUACAUCCAUUGAACUGUCCAGAAAGUGUGUAAAUGUUUGUUGAUAUUACAAAUAAAGCUUGUAACUGUUUUUAUUUUAUAAAA